AUGACAGCCCCAAAUCCUCAAUCCACCCGCAAAGACCCCUCCGGCAACAAACUUACGGUUAAGACAAAGCCUCCGCAUGCCGAAGAAUACGACGGAGGGUCCGAGAGUGACUUUGGUAGCGCCAAUGAACUGUGUUCAGUAGAUGACAAAGCCAGCAAUUGUGACAGUGACAACCCUGAACAAGAAAACACCACUUUGGCCGACGAGAAUUCUGAUACCGAGCUCAACAUAAAUACCAAAUCCGAAAAACUCCGGCGUCUAACUGUGAAGGUAUGUACAUCAUCCUCUGCGUCUGGUUUAGCUUGGGCCUAA